UUUACCAUGGAACUUGAAUGCAGCACACCAGCAGCAGUACUCUUCUUGCGCAUGCUCACAGCGUUAGCAUUUGUAUUGUGAUGUGUGUUUUUAGAAGGUCUGUUAUCAUCCAUCCACUUUCGUCUGUGUUUUUUGUAUGCAUGUGUUAGUGUAUUUGGAGCAAAUCCUUCUCAGAGACAGUUGUAGCUACCUUACAGCUGGAGGAAACGGACUAUGUCGGCAAAUAAAACAAGGAAAGUCAAAAUGGCUACUAAAUCUUGUCCCGAAUGCGACCAACAGAUUCCAGUUGCGUGCAAGUCCUGCCCAUGUGGUUAUGUGUUUAUUAGCAGAAAGCUCCUAAAUGCCAAGUUAAAUGAGCGCACCUCUCCAGCCAUAGCAGACAAGCUGGACUUUAAGCGGAGGAGGACAGAGCGCAUUCGCAGAGAGAGGAUCGACUCUUCUUUAACCAAUGACUUGGAAAACAGGAGAAGAUCCCGGGCCAACAGCCAAUCAGAUCCCAUCCGGAGAGGAAGGGGCAGACCAAAAACAGUGGGGCUGAAGAAACACGAAGAGGACAAAGAGAAACAAGAGAAGGAAGUGGAUAUUUAUGCCAGUCUUUCGGACGAGAAGGCCUUUGUGUUUUCUGUGGCUUUGGCUGAGAUCAACCGCAAGAUCCUCGGUCAGAGACUCAUCUUAUCAUAAGACCGGUCAUAGAAAAACUUUUACGUAGCAAGAGCAAGACCAAAGAGGAUGGAAGUGGCUGGAGCUGAACUCUGAUCUGAAUGUGUUUCACUUGGAUGAUGGGAUGAGAUUGA